UCAGUCCGUCACUUUCUGUGACGCACGACAGGGGGAAAAACCAAGUCGAGGCCGCUAUGAUCCGCAUACUCGUAGCCUACCACUGUCAGUGUGCUGACAGAGAUGGGCUCCUCCUGAAGCCGAUUGGAGAACUCUCUCACCCGGGGUUGUUUUAGCGAUCGCCCGAGAGGCGGUUCGGGAGGAGGAGGCGGUGGUGGAAAGGGGAGGAAAGGAAGAGGAUGGGCAGAAGUAGAGGACUUGCAUUUUAAACAAACUACUUAGAAAAAAAGAGAAGAGAGAGAGGGUCAGUAUCACCGGAGUGCAAGAGAGAGAGGGAGAGAGAGAGAUAGGGGGGAGAGAUCGCAUUCUUAUCACGUCUACGUUUCUCUUCUCUCCUCUCUUUCGCUACAGCCACUAAGAGAGAGUGAGGACAGGGGGGAAGAGAAAGAGAGAGAGUGCGAAAAAAGGAAGAGAAGAGGAAAACGAGAGAAUUACCAAAUUGAAACUACUGAUCUUUUUUUCCCAGAUGCUUUCCAAUUGCAUAAGAAAAUCAAGCCCGGCAUCGGACCGUGAGACGCGGGACGCACCGGGCCACGACAGAACAAAUCAUCGCAGAAGGAGGAUAUGUGAAGUUGGAAUUCCACUAAACUAAUGCUGUGAAGUGGCUCUGUCCCUAGAGCUGAAACUUCAUUGCCGUGGUGUCAGCGAGGAUGCUCUGGGUUACCUUGCUGAGCACCAUAGCCUUAGGAUGGACCACUCCAAUUCCACUGCUGGAGGACUCAGAGGAGAUCGACGAGCCCUGCUUCGAGCCGUGCGACUGCGAGGUCAAAGAAGGCAUCUUCCAUGUCCACUGUGACAGUAAAGGAUUUACAAAUGUCAGCCAAAUCUCUCAAAUUUGGAGCCGGCCCUUUAAGCUCAACCUGCAGAGGAACUCAAUGAGGAAGCUCUACUUCAACAGCUUCCUCCAUCUUAACAAUGCUAUAUCCAUCAAUCUCGGUAAUAAUGCCUUGCAAGACAUACAUGCUGGGGCAUUCAAUGGCUUGGGAAUACUCAAACGGCUUUUUCUCCAUGAGAACAAGUUAGAAGUUUUCCGAAAUGACACAUUUCUGGGGUUGGAUAGUCUAGAAUAUCUCCAGGCAGAUUAUAAUGUCAUUAAAAGGAUUGAAAGUGGUGCAUUUAGGCACCUUCACAAAUUAAGAGUCUUAAUAUUAAAUGACAAUCUCAUACCCGUGCUGCCAAACUAUCUUUUUCGGUCUGUGUCCCUUACACAUCUGGACUUGAGGGGUAACAGACUAAAGACAUUGCAGUAUAAAGGCACACUGGAGUAUGUUGGGCGGAGCUUGAUGGAAAUCCAGCUAGAGGAAAAUCCUUGGAACUGUGUGUGUGAGAUUGUUCAGUUAAAAACAUGGCUGGAGAGAAUUCCCUACACAGCAUUGGUGGGAGAGAUCACAUGUGAGUACCCAUUCCACCUACAUGGAAAAGACCUGCGGGAAAUUAAACGCAACGAGCUCUGUCCUCUGCUCUCUGAUGCAGAGAUUGAGGCCAAGCUGGGAAUUCCCCGGGUGCCAUUCAACAACGAGAACACUCAGCCUACAAAACCUUCCCCCAUGAUCUCCUCCGUUCACAACACAGCCUCUUCUGUGGAGUACAAGGAAAGACCUGUGAAGCCUACCAAACGACCCCGGCCGACAAAGAACCCCCCUACCCCUCGUAGCAUCUACCCAGGCCUCAACCAACCGCCAAUUGCUGGUUACCAAACAAGACCACCCAUUCCAAUAAUUUGUCCAGCUAGUUGUAUUUGCAACCUUCACAUCAAUGAUCUGGGAUUAACAGUAAACUGUAAAGACAAAGGCUUUCACAACAUUUCGGAGCUUCUGCCAAGACCCCUAAAUGCUAAAAAGUUGUAUCUUAGCGGGAACCUAAUACAGAAGAUCUACCGAUCAGAUUUCUGGAACUUCUCAAGUUUGGAUUUAUUGCAUUUAGGUAACAACCGGAUAUCCUAUGUUCAAGAGGGUGCGUUUAUUAACUUACCAAACUUAAAAAGUUUAUAUCUGAAUGGUAAUGACAUUGAGUGGCUCUCUCCUGAAAUGUUCCGUGGGCUUCAGAUGCUAAGUUAUCUUUACUUUGAAUACAAUGUCAUCCGUGAGAUCCAGCCUAAUUCAUUUUCCUUAAUGCCCAAUCUGCAGCUGGUUUUUCUCAAUAAUAACUUAUUAAGGUCACUCCCUGAUGAGGCUUUUGCUGGCACCAACCUUGCACGUCUUAAUCUCCGUAGCAAUUACUUUGUUUCUCUGCCUGUUCAUGGUGUCCUAGAGCAUCUCACUUCCAUUGUGCAGAUUGAUCUUCAUCAGAACCCCUGGGACUGCUCUUGUGAUAUUAUCCCUCUCAAACAAUGGCUAGAAAAGCUCUCCUCUGUCAUUGUAGUGGGAGAUGUGAUCUGCAAGACACCUGAGUAUGCUUCUGGAAAGGACCUGCGCUUGCUUGAGGUGGAGGUCAUCUGCCCAGAGCUGAAGCUUUACUCAGGUCCCUCUCCAGCUCUACCUAGUGGUUAUGACCUAACCACAGGAAGCUCCAAAAUGGGUAAAGCUGGUGGGAGAGGAGCUGUCCCGCUGUCAGUGCUCAUCCUCAGCCUACUUAUCCUCUUGAUUUCAGCUGUCUUUGUGACUGCUGGGCUCUUUGCCUUUGUCCUGCGUCGCAGGAAGAAGCUACCUUUCCGGAAGCGUUCAGAGGUGGACCUAACAGGGAUUCAGAUGCAAUGUAGGAUUUUUGAGGAUCCACCAAGGCAAAACAGUGCUGGGAACACUGGCACACCAGAGAAACCAGCGCCCAAUUUGCACACACACUCACAAACUACUCACACACAUGCCCAUGGCCAUGUUUAUGAUUACAUCCCCCAUCCUGUUACUCAAAUGUGUAACAACCCUAUCUAUAAACCUAGAGAAGGAGAGAUUGCAGAGGAGGAGAGGGCACAGUUUGCAGAAAAGAAAGACAAUGGCAGUAGUAGCAACAGUAACUACAGAACCUUGUUGGAAAAAGAGAGAGAGUGGACCUUGGCGGUCUCCAACUCUCAGCUUAAUACCAUUGUUACAGUCAACCACACCACAGCGGACAUGUCAGGAUUUCAUGAAAAUGGAGGGCUCUGCCCUACAGUUAUUGACAGUCAAAGGCCCACACCAACAGUGGGCUUUGUAGACUGUUUGUAUGGAACAGUACCGAAAUUAAAGGACAUGCAUGUUGCACAUGCACAUCCACCAGGCAUGCAGUACCCAGAUCUACAGCAAGAUGCACGUCUGAAGGAGACAUUGCUUUUUACAGCUGGGAAAGGCUGCUACCAUGAUCCCUCCCAAAGUGAUUACCUUGAGUUAAGGGCAAAACUUCAAACCAAGCCAGAUUACCUAGAAGUCUUGGAAAAAUCCUACCGAUUUUAAUGACUCUUUAUCCUCCGGAGAAGAACAAAAAAAUACAGAAAUUUUUCAUAUGCGCUUUGCCACCGUCCAAAAAAGUCACUCAAAUCAAUAUUAAAAGAAAAUGUGUGGAGGCAGCAUGAAAUGAAAAUGUUUUUUAAGGAGAUGAUGCCCCCACUCCCACGUAAAAAUCUCCAUGGAGAAAAAGGUCAUUCUCAGAUGUUUAAAUUAAGUGCCUUUUUUUCAGAGUAGCCAGCAAUGUCAACCAUUAUUUUUAUAAUAUAAGAAUAUCUCUAUAUGCCCUCAAGAAAGCAAACGAGGAAAAAAAAUGGGCUCUGGGAAAUAAAACAUACAAACCAUGUUACGUCUGUCUCUAAAAUCCAUUUGAAUGGAGUUAACACAAUGUGCUACUAGUAACCAUGUGGACGAACGGGAGCUGGACGUCUCCCUUACUUUUUGCUUUUUUUUCUUUGUUUUUCCUGUCUUUUACCCCUCACCUAGGAUGUACAAACACCAGGAAUCUGUGCACAUUUUUUUGUAGGACAUUAUCAAAAGAGUCUAAAAAGUACUUAUAUUCAAACUGAACUGCAGUUUGCUGCAUGCACUCGCUUCAGUGCAGGAAGUGAGAGGAUUACUAUCACAUCACUCUAUGAACUCUAUACAGCAACACAUUUAAGGUUCAGUGUUGUAUUUGAUUUUCUUUUAUAUCUUAAUAUGGUUAUUACUAUUAAUGAAGACUUAUGUCUAUAUCAGGGUGCUUCUUGUAAAGAAAAGGAAGUCCCGGGGUAGGAAUGGUAACCCAAUUGUGAAUAUUAUUACAUGACCAUACUGAGGUUUUUUUGGGAUUAUUUCAAACUCUGUUAAAGCCCUGCCCCCUUUUCCCUUUCAAUGCUUCUGGAUUUCCCCUUCGCAGUCCACUAACAGCUUUGUAGUAAGCACUUUUAAUGUUUUCUCUUUCACAAAGAUUUGAAGAAAAAUGUGCAUAUAUUUAUUCUGUAAUUUCAGUGAAGAAUUUUAUUGUAAAGAUAAUGUUAAAUCAAUGUAUAGUGAUUAUGCGUCUGGUAUAGCCUUCUUAAUAAAAACAAACACUUUAAUCUAA